ACCACGACACCAAGCUCGAACGCGCAAUUGACCCCUUUCACAUUAUUUUCAUUCAGUUCCUCUUCAUUUAACGCCCAUCUCUCAAAUUCCUGUAAAAGUAAAUAAAAAACUAAAUGGAUCCUCGCCUUACUCCAAGGGAAGCUAGCGUGCUCCAUGCAGCUGCUGUUACCCGCAACUAUGCCAUUGAGCCGCGUCUUGAUUACCGUACUAUUGCUGGUGUCAAUGGUCCCUUGGUUAUGCUUGACAAUGUCAAGUUCCCAAAAUAUUCUGAGAUUGUUGAGCUUACACUUCCAGACGGCACCAAGCGCGCUGGCGAAGUUUUGGAAGUCCAGGGCAAGCGUGCAGUCGUUCAGGUCUAUGAAGGUACAACGGGAAUUGAUGCCAAGCAAACCCAUGUCGAGUUUUCGGGAGAUGUCUUGAAAAUGCCCGUCUCUGAGGACAUGUUGGGUCGUGUCUAUAACGGAUCAGGAAAGAGUAUCGAUAAAGGCCCUAAGGUUUUUGCUGAGGACUACCUCGAUAUUAAUGGUUCGCCUAUUAACCCUUAUUCCCGUAUUUACCCCGAGGAGAUGAUUCAAACUGGUAUUUCUGCCAUUGACACCAUGAACUCAAUUGCACGUGGUCAAAAGAUCCCCAUUUUUUCUGCCGCUGGUCUUCCUCACAAUGAGAUUGCUGCUCAAAUUUGUCGACAGGCUGGUUUAGUAAAGAAAACCAAGGGUGUGUUCGAUGAUCAUGAGGACAACUUUGCUAUCGUGUUCGCGGCUAUGGGAGUCAAUAUGGAAACUGCUCGUUUCUUCAAACAGGAUUUCGAGGAGGAUGGUUCGAUCGAGCGUGUCACUCUGUUCUUGAACUUGGCCAACGAUCCUACAAUCGAGCGUAUUAUCACUCCUCGUCUGGCUUUGACCACUGCAGAAUACUAUGCUUACCAAUUGGAAAAGCAUGUUUUGGUCAUUUUGACUGACAUGAGUUCCUAUGCUGAUGCAUUGCGUGAGGUAUCUGCUGCACGUGAGGAAGUGCCUGGUCGUCGUGGUUAUCCUGGUUAUAUGUACACAGAUUUAUCGACCAUCUAUGAACGUGCUGGUCGUGUUGAUGGCAGAAACGGGUCUAUUACACAGAUUCCUAUUUUGACCAUGCCUAACGAUGAUAUCACUCAUCCUAUUCCUGAUUUGACUGGGUUCAUUACUGAGGGUCAGAUCUUUAUCGAUAGACAGAUGCACAAUCGCCAGCUCUAUCCACCUAUUAACGUACUGCCAUCAUUGUCACGUCUUAUGAAGUCUGCUAUCGGCGAGAAGUUGACUCGUAAGGAUCAUGGUGAUGUCUCUAAUCAGCUAUAUGCCAAGUAUGCUAUUGGUCGUGAUGCAGCUGCGAUGAAGGCUGUAGUUGGAGAGGAAGCCCUGAACCAGGAAGAUAAGCUCAGUCUUGAGUUUUUGGAGAAGUUUGAAAAGACCUAUAUUGCUCAAGGAAACUAUGAAUCGCGUACUAUAUUCGAGUCACUUGACCAGGCAUGGUCGUUGUUGCGUAUCUUCCCCAAGGAGUUGUUGAAUCGUAUUCCUCAGAAAUUGCUUGCUGAAUUUUACCAACGCGAUCGCAAAGGACGUCGCCAUGGCAGUAGGGAAGGCGAUGCACCAGCACCUGAAGAGGACGAGGGUGAUGACGAUAACUAGAAUGUGAAGUAUAUCAUUGUCAAAGAAAAAAAGAAAAGGAAAAAGAAAAAGAGC